ACGUUAUAAACCAUCUCUCCGUUCUCUCCCUCCCCUGUAGUCCCUAGGGUUUUACCUGGCCCGUCUCUCUGUUUUUUUUCCUCUCUCUCUCUCUCUCUCUCUCUCUCGAUUGAUUCUGUGUAUCAAAUUGUUUCCCGGAUUAUUAAGCAUUCAGCGAGUUCCUAUCUCUACAUUCUUUUUUGUUUUUUUCCUAGAAGCAUAAGAAGUUACGUUCUGUCUUCUCCUCGAAGCAUAAGAAGUUACGUUCUCUCUUCUUCUCGAAUCCGAUCUGUCUUCUGGUGAUUUUACGGGACUCCAAACCCUAAAUCCUCUCUUCUCUUCCAACAGAUGCCCUGUCUCUUUUAGGUGAAGCUUUGAAUCCUUUUAUAUUUACUCUUUUUUCCCCCCCGGUUUCUUUACAUUUUUGUGCUAUUAAAGGAGUGGAUGAUUUAGAGAUGCAAAUGAAAAACUAAUUACUUCUAUUCUGAUUAAGUAAAACAUUUCGGUGAAAUCAAGAAUCUGCAUUUUUAUUUUGUGCACAACCAAGCAUCUUCAUGCCUGUUUUACAGUGACUACAGAUAAUAGAAAUUGAAAUGCCUGAUGGAACUGUUUUUCUUUUUCUGUUUUUGAUCAUUCUGUUUUCUCUUUAUUAUAAAUUGUUUUUUAUAAGCAAUAAAUAUUCUCUUUUGAUUCUGUUUCCGUUUUCAAGAUUUGAUUUCUGAAGUAUUGAAACCACCUUCUAUUAAUUUAUGCAUAUCAAUUCUUACAGUAUUGGAUAAAAAAUGACCUCUAGGCUGUUUAAACCCUGAUAUCUCACGCUAAUUCCGUUGAGGUGCGGAGCACUUUGUUUUGCUGUUUUAGAUGAUUUUUUUUCCCGUUUGAUUAAGACCGCUGUUUUUUUUUUUAAUGCAAACAAGGAAAUAAUUAUUGGUUACUCUAAAAUCAGUAGUGUUCAAAAACACUUAAAUGUUGCUUUUCUAAAUUGUAAUUUUGGCAUUUGUAUUCUUUGGUUGCUUUUGUUGCGUGAGUCUACUAUAACUAUGAUUGCAAUUAGCUGGAGAAAUCCCUAUCUUUAAGGAUUUAGUUUGGCAAGAAAAGAAAAGGGAAAUGAGCCUGGAAGAGAUUAAUUUACAUUUUGUGACAUGGUAGCUUAAAUUUCUACGUCAGCUGUCUGCUUGGAAACCUGAUGAUAUUGCAAUCCACACAGAAAUCCUAUGAUGUUGAUCAGAAUAAAUUGAAAUCCCUGACUGGUGGCUCAUCGAAUUGACUCCCUAAUCCUUGUGAGCAAUCCAAAGUGAAAUGUCCCCAUCACUCCAUUUGGUGAGCUGUUGUGAGUAUUUGGCUUUGAUGUUUGAAUGCACUUGCCUGAUGUUUGGUGCUCAUUUGGAUCCAAAAGUGGCACUCCAAUAUAAUUGAUUUCCAGCUUGUACAUGUUACUUCUAUCAUAAAAUACAAAUUCCUUGGAGAACAUUUUCUUGAUAUAUUCCUCAAAUUUCAAGUUGGUUGUGGAAGUUGAUAGUAAACCAAUAAAGUUGAAUUCAUUGAAUUUCUUUUGGGGUGGGGUAUUUAUUGCUACUCCGUCAAUUCCUUCUCAGUUUAUUGUGUGUUAAUCCUUUAUUUUCUGAUACAUGCUUAUUUUGCAUUCAUUAUAUUUCACUCAGCCGCCUGAUCUUUAUGAGCAGAAGUGGAAUUAAUGGAGAUUGAUAAGGAAAGUAAUAGAAGCACGCCUAGGGAAAGGGAAAACAUUUUGAAUCUAAGGCCAGUUGCACCCGAUGAAUGUGGUGAAGGUUUGCCAUAUGCUCCCGAGGAUUGGCCAAAUCCUGGUGAUACUUGGACUUGGAGGGUUGGGAGGCGAGUUGCUAUUACUGGCCAUUAUUUGGAUAGAUACCUUUACCUUCCAAUUCGUCUUUGUCGUCUUGAGAAUACAACACGUAAGAAACAUGGUUUUGCCAGCAAGCUUUCAGUUGAGCGAUAUAUCCGAUCUGUAUUUCCUAAUGCAGACAUUGGUAAAUUUUUUGCUUCAUUCAGUUGGAAGAUCCCAUCAAAGCAAUCCUCCAUAAAUGGUAAUGUCGAGGGGCACUUUUUUUUCCCUGUACCUUCUGAAGAGACGGCUGAACUUUUUCUGUCUGAUUCCCAGCAUGAUAGUGCGGGUUGUAAAGCUGGAAAUAAGAUGUGCGCCAGUCUUGGGUUAGAAACUGAAAAUCAACCCAUGGCUGCCAUGUCUUGCGAUAUAUGUUGCAGUGAACCUGGUUUCUGCGGUUAUUGUUGCUGCAUCCUCUGUUGCAAAACUAUAAGCUCAAAACAUGGAGGUUACAGCUACAUAAAAUGUGAAGCAAUUGUUAGUGAGGGUCAUAUAUGUGGCCAUGUUGCUCACAUGAAUUGUGCUCUUCGGACCUAUAUGGCUGGCACUGUGGGAGGAAGCAUCGGUCUGGAUGCUGAGUAUUACUGUCGGCGCUGUGAUGCAAGGACAGACCUAGUGCCACAUGUUACAAGGCUUUUGCGAACUUGUGAAACUGUUGAUUCCCAGGAUGAAAUAGAGAAAAUAUUAAAUCUUGGUUUCUGCAUUUUGCGAGGUUCACAGAGAGCUGAUGCAAAGGGAUUGCUGAAACGCAUUGAGGUAGCCAUCACGAAGAUUAAAUGUGGGACUAUUCUUGAAGAUAUCUGGAAAGUGGAAGGGGAAGUCUCAGCCAUUUUGCCUGCCGUCUCUCCCAAUGGAAAUGCAAUGCUGGAAGUUAGUAAUCAUCAAGACAUUCUGGACUUUAGAAAGAGCUCACCAGAUGUGUCCAUGUCUUCUGAUAGCCAGACUGAAUCUCUGAAACUUGAGGAUGAGAUCAAUCAGGUCCUCCAGGCACUACGGGUUUCACAGGAAGCUGAGUACAAAAUUGCAGAGGAACGACUUUAUGCUCAAAAGAAAUAUCUUCAGAACCUUUAUCAGCAGUUGGACAAAGAGAGGUCUGAAUUGGCACGUUGCACGUUGAAAACCAACCCAGAUGAUUUGCUGAGUGCUGUGUUGAGCAGGGUGGACCAGAUAAACCGGGAAGUGACAAAACUCAAGGAUAUGGAAGAAGUCGCCAAUGGAUUUGGAAGGACGACAAAAGAUAUUCUUAAGGAGCACUUUGGUUUGGAAGUUGAGAAAUGAGUUUUUUCUUCGUCAGGGGUUCAUCAAACUUUGAUGGUGCGCUGUCUGCCUUCACUCUUGAUCAGAUCAGCUGUAUAUUUUCAAAGUGUACAUGCUGUGGUACUUUCAUCUGCAGACACGUGAAUGAGCACACAUGCAGAGAUUUAGUUUUGUCAAGGAGGAACUUUAGGUGCUCAACAAGACAGGAUGGAAUUUGGGUGAUUUAAGUGAUCUUGGUGCCUUGAUGCUGAGCAACAGUGUUUCAGGCCAAUGCUAUAUCAAACAAAGUAUGAUACACAAUAAGAAGUAAACAUAGUUACGAUUUGUAGAUUUGACCGGGAUUCGGAAAUACCUACAAGUACUCAACACACAGGCCUAGAAAUUGGGAAUUGGAUGACUUAUGUACAACUUUAAUACCGUUUUAUUCUCUUGUUGGUUCUAUCCGUCAGCUGAUGAAUAAUAACGCAUGAAUCUGUCGCAGAUGAAGCUGCAUCUGUAUGGUACAUAUGAGGAUUGGCCAGACAGGUUGUGAAAUGACCAGUGCUAACAUUUCUUUACAAUCUCUGUAAUCUUAGCUUGAAUCCCAUCUUGAUAUGUUGUCAAAUGUAUCUCCACUUGAUGAUGUGGGUUUCUAGAGUGCUCGAUUUAUUUGAUUAUAGUUCUGUUUUAUUUU